GACGUCGCGCCGAGCUUGCGCUGAGGUCAUUUCCUGUUUGUGCUCCCGUUGAGUCGCUAGACGGAGGCCUAUCCGCGAUACCAUCUCCACCGUAAUAUCGUUCACAGACCUGCAGGACGGCCACGGCGAGGUUAUUAACAGCAUUAAAUGCGUCGAAUAAGUGUUGAGGGAUGAGUUUGGGAGACCGGGUUCGAGUUUUGGGCCACUGAGGGGCUGUUUGUGAGGAUAUUCCGGCGGCUGGGUGUUGUUAUUUUUGGGGCAGCUGAGUGGUCAUUGGCAGAGCUCAAAACACAGCAGCUCGCCAGAGGAUUAAACACACAUUUCACGUCUCUAAACACCCUUCAUUUACUCCACUUACAUGGGCUUCUGAAGAUUUUUACAUUUCAAGUAACCAACACAUCGCAGGAGAGUAAAAGUGGAGGUGAGUUUGGCUCUGUGAUACUGAACAUCUGCCUGACCUGAGACUCAACGCUCCCCCUCCCCAAACCUCCCUGCCACCCUGCCCUACGCCCCACACACCCCUAACCCAGCAUGAACGAGGUCAGCAUCGUCAGAGAGGGCUGGCUCCACAAGAGAGGUGAAUACAUUAAGACAUGGAGGCCCCGAUAUUUCAUCCUAAAGAGUGAUGGCUCUUUCAUUGGCUACAAAGAGAAGCCAGAGACGUCAGACCACAAUCAGCCGCCUCUCAAUAACUUCUCUGUUGCAGAGUGUCAGCUGAUGAAGACUGAACGGCCUCGGCCAAACACAUUUGUCAUCCGCUGCUUGCAGUGGACCACUGUUAUUGAGCGCACCUUCCAUGUGGACAGCAAUGCUGAAAGAGAGGAGUGGAUACGUGCAAUUCAGGAUGUUGCCAAUGGGCUCAAGUCCCGGGAAGAGGAAGAGCCAAUGGACAUCAACUUUGGCUCCCCUGGAGACAACAGCUUGGAGGGGAUGGAGGCUGCCAUUGCAAAGUCGCGCACCAAAGUGACAAUGAGUGACUUCGACUACUUAAAGCUGCUGGGCAAAGGCACAUUUGGAAAGGUGAUUCUAGUAAGGGAAAAGGCUACUGGCAUGUACUAUGCCAUGAAGAUCCUACGCAAAGAGGUCAUCAUUGCUAAGGACGAGGUUGCACACACAGUCACAGAAAGCAGAGUGUUGCAGAACACACGGCAUCCGUUCCUCACAACACUAAAAUACGCCUUCCAGACACGAGAUCGAUUGUGUUUUGUCAUGGAGUACGCAAACGGGGGCGAGCUGUUCUUCCACUUGUCUCGAGAGCGCGUGUUUACGGAAGAUAGAGCUCGCUUCUAUGGGGCUGAAAUUGUUUCAGCGUUGGAAUAUCUGCACUCUAAAGAUGUCGUCUACAGGGACCUAAAGCUGGAGAAUCUAAUGCUGGACAAAGACGGUCAUAUUAAAAUCACAGACUUUGGCCUGUGUAAAGAGGGCAUUACUAACGAGGCCACCAUGAAGACAUUCUGUGGGACCCCAGAGUACCUUGCUCCUGAGGUAUUAGAAGACAAUGAUUACGGCCGUGCGGUGGAUUGGUGGGGUCUGGGAGUGGUCAUGUAUGAAAUGAUGUGUGGUCGGCUGCCGUUCUAUAACCAGGACCACGAACGUCUGUUUGAGCUCAUUUUAAUGGAGGAGAUCCGCUUCCCCAGAAACCUCUCGCCCGAGGCAAAGGCCUUGCUGGCCGGCCUGCUCAAGAAAGACCCCAAACAGAGGCUUGGAGGAGGUCCUGAGGAUGCCAAAGAAGUGAUGACACACAAGUUCUUCAGUUCCAUGAACUGGCAAGAUGUCCUUCAAAAGAAGCUUAUCCCACCCUUCAAGCCGCAAGUGACCUCAGAGACAGACACACGCUACUUUGACGACGAGUUCACUGCACAGACCAUUACUGUCACACCACCUGACCAAUAUGACAGUCUUGAUGCCGAGGGCCCAGAUACACGCACACACUUCUCACAGUUCUCCUACUCAGCCAGUGUGCGGGAGUGACCCCCCCUUCCCACUCUCUCACCCUUACCAGCAAACCGGACGCCCCUCACAUACACCAACGCAAACUCAUACAAGGACAUGUGCACCAGCAACCCAAGCCUACUGAGGAGUGGGUUCUAGGCAGGAGUACGGCAUCUGUGAACUAUCCUGAACAGGUGGGACCCUCUGGUCAGUCCUGGUUUCUGAUUGGCCUUUCAUCCAGCCAAUCGUAGCCUGACACUACACACUGCAACACAAUCCAUCCAUCACUGAAUAAAUCUCAACCAAUAAGGUACCACCGAGAACACCGCUCAGGACCAGCAGGUUUCAAGACACACUCACACUCAAAACACUGGACUACGGGACUAAAGCCUCUUGUAAACACAGAUAUCAAACACGCUCUAAAUCAUCUUGUGGGGACUAGAGAAAUCAAACUAUUUGGACUUAUUUCCCACUGAUUGUUACAGUUUUAAAGCCAUAUUUCUGCAAUUGUACAAGUGCUCUUUCUGGAACUAGCUGUUACCAAUAGUGUAUAUACAGCUGGAGGACUGAUGGUCACACAGAAAGGAAUAGUGCCGUUUCUCUGCCUGGGUAGCAUACCGAAUGCUGUGCAUGUGUGCGUGCAUCGACGGAUGUCUCGACUCAGUCUACAUCUUCAACUGUGUGUCUUUUUGUGUUUCAAUUUUGUACAUGGGCAUAAAGGAGCAGAACGGGGUGGGAUUGCUAGGGGGUUGGAGACUCACACACUAUAGAUGUUUGUGCUUUAAAGGGAAGAGAGAGAGGAAGACGGCUCUAGCGUGUUGUUCAAUGGUUUCCUCCACAAACAGGAACCUUGAAACUGGCUUCAUGUAGAAGCCUUUUUCCAGUUUUCAUGUGAAGCCCCAGAGGCUUGUUGUUCCAAGGUUACUGUAUCAUAGAAACUGUCCAUCAUGUUGUUUUCAUUCUCUCGAAAGUUUUGCAGGCAACAACUGUUUAAAAAAAAAAAAAAAAAGGAUUUGAAUGUCCUGUUAUUUCAUCAGCAUGACCGACUGGUAAAAGUAGCAAGCAGUGGAAACACGUACCUGCGUGCUCAGCCAUUGUUGUCGCAGCCUUCACCCUUCUUUUCAUUCUUUUUUUUAUUAUUAGUGUAGUCAGAAAAAAAUGGUUAGGAUGUUUGAGAGAAAAAAAAUGUUCAACUUCAUCUCCAGAUGUGUAACGUAGGUGUGCUUCUCCAGACAGAAGCUGUCAGACACACCGCUUAGAUGUGUGAGGUGUUUUUGUUCUUUUGCCAUUUUAAAGAUGCUUCAUGUGUAAGGAACAUCAAACUGUUUCGUUUUUUGUUUUAUUCCUUAUUUUAUUUGGAUCAUUUUUUUUUUCUUCAUUCGCCCACUCCCUGAAAUUAAAUUGUCUUGAUAAAAUAUAUAUAUAAAAAUAUAUAUUACAAUA